CGUACACGCACGCACGCCGGCGGACGAGGAGAAUGCGCGCGCCGGGUGGCUCGCCUCAGUAUCACCACCACUUUCGGCCGUGUUACUCUGCCACGGCCUAUUAGCAGCUACGGCCAAGCUAGAUUUGUACUCAAACGGUUAGCUAGGACCGAUGGCGUCCAGCCGUGCCGACCUCGAAUUAAUUCGCGAUCAAGCAACGCGAGCGGAGUAAGCUCGGAGAGGCACAGUGCAAAGCAGUGCAGUGCGUCCUACUCUGUUCUUGAUAAGAUCACGACAUCACGUCGCAACCCAAAGCAGCAGCCGUAGCCUCGCAUCACGUCGUGAUUCAUCUUCUUCUUCUUCUUCUUCUUGCUGCUUCCACUUUCUCGAUCGCCUAGCUCGUGCUGCUUCGUUCGGUCGCGUCGGGAGGGAUGCACCAGAUAGGGAGUGGCAUGUACGUGUCCGGCCCGGCGCCGGACAGGAAGAGGGAGCGGCGGCUGUCGUCGGGGUCGGUCGCCACGCCGCCGUACACGGGCGGGGACGUGGCGCGGUCCGGCGAGCUCGGCCGGAUGUUCGACAUCUCCGCGUCGCAGUCGCAAGCGCCGUCGCCGGCCUCCUCGCGCCGCAGCUCCGGGCCGCUGCCCCGGCCAUCGCCGUCGCCGGCGUCCGGGCCGCUGUCGCAGCUCUCCCAUCCGGGGCUCCUCGUCGGGCCGUCGCCGUCCCCCGCGCCCUCGCCGGCGCACGGGUCGAGGAGGAAGGCGAGCAGCAGGAGGGGCGCCGCCGGGAAGGAGGCGGAGUCGUCGGGCGCGGCCGUCGCGCCGCGCGGGAGGGCGAGGCUCGGCGUCCCGUUCGCGUGCUACGUGCUGGUGGCCGUGGCGGCCGCGGCCGCGGUUGGCGCCGGGGUGUUCUGCCUCGUGUCGUGGUGCCGGUGGGAGGCCCUCGCCGCGGCGGGAGGCGCGGUGGCCGCCGUCGCGGCGUUGUUCGCGUGGAACGCGUGGCGGAGGGCGGCCGAGGCGGAGAGGUUCUUCCGGCGGUUCCCCGACACAGUGUUCGACCACGGGGACAUGCCCGUCGGCGAGCUCGUCAAGAUCACCGGGCAAGUCACCUGCGGCCGCCACCCUCUCGGAGCCUACUUCCACGACGCCGCCCGGUGCGUGUUCACGUCCGUUCAGCUGUUCGAGCGCCGCGGUUGGGCCCGUUGCAGCCCCCGGUGGCAACGGAGACACUGCGAGGCACGGGUGCAGAACUUCUACAUCUCAGAUGGGAAUUCCGGGAAGAGGUUCUACGUGCGCGCCGGCGAAGGUGCCACGAUCACUCCGAUGAUCAUCAAACAGAAAACGAUCAGCUUUGACGGCGACAGGAAGGGCGCGUCACGGAGCUUGAAGAACUGGAUGGCAAGCAACGAUUUAUCCUUCGACGGCGAUCUGCUCGUAAAGGAAGGGUUCAUCAGGGAGGGGGACAUCGCAAGUGUGAUAGGCGUCCUGAAGAAGCACCACGCCUACGACAUCGUCGAUGCGCCGGCCGGCGUGGUCUCCACCGGCUGCCAGCCGACGAGGUGCAUGUUCCCCGUCCUCGUCGAGGGGCUGAUACUGAUCGGAAGCGAGGACCCUGACGAGGCUGUAUAUAUGGUCUGAACUCUGAAUAUGUAUACAAAUACACUGAUGUAGAACUCUGCUACACACCCUGUACUGCUUUCCACAGUUUUCUUGUUGGUUAUCGGGGAAGAGGAUGUUUUAGUACCUCUCCAUUUAGGGUUUCUGAUCAGAAAGAUUUACUACUUAUAUAGUUGAUGGAAAUGGGACGAUGUAAAUUAAAGUGGUAUAUAUAGGCUUGCUACCAGUACAGGUGCAUUUCUCUGUUUUUUAGGGACUUUUUUUUUUUAUAUUGAGAAUGAAUACUCAAUUGUUUGUCGGCAAAGGCUUGAAGCAAU